CAGCUUUCACUCAAGGGUUUCCCAGGGAGUCAGCCACAGACUACAGUGUACUGACAGCAAGGAAGUGGCAGGACUGGGAUCCUCCCGCACAGACCCUCGAAAUAAAUUCGGCAGACAGUCUUGCGCCCGUGGGAAGGAGACCUUGUAGCCUCACGGGGUGUCACCUUGAACGACGCCCGCCCUGCAAAGAUUUUGAGAGCUCAUUGGCUGGCGGGGUCAUCACUCAGUGACAUCACGCGAGGAGGACAGAGGUGGACCCGUAGAGGCUUGGCCUCUGGCCCUCCUAGCUCGUGGGCGCGAGAGGAAUUGGGAAGGAGUGGGGCAGGCCCGCGGCCGUUCCUGGGAGGCCGCGCCUUCGUCCUUGUCUCCGGGAUCCACUCCCUCGGCUUCGCGUUACCCUGGCGGCUUCCAGUUCCCACCGCGCGCGUCUCGGCCCGCGAUUCACCCGUCGCCCGGCCCCUCAGUUUGAAGGCUCAGCCUCCAUUCCCCCUCCUCCCACCCUCGGCUUCCGAACUUCCCUUCCGCUUGCUCCGCACGCCUGCUCAUCAUCGUUUCCAACACCCGGGAUCACCAGUUUACGGUCAUCCGGCCUGUUCCUGUCCCGCCUCGCACUCUCCUCCCUCCACAGCGGUCCGCCCCACCCCACGCACGCUGGCCGCGGAGCGAGGGCGCGGUCGGCACGGCGUGGUGACCGGCCGCCCGCGGAGGUGACCCUCCCGGAGCAGAGUCGCCGCCGCGCAGGCUACAGAUAGGAGUGUCUUUCUCAUCCUCCUAAAUAUUGGGCAACCAUUCAAAUUAGAUUACUAGAUACUAUGAACCAGAAAUAAAAAUGUCUUUGGAGGCCUUGUUAUCGUCAUGAACCUCAUUAUCUUACAGAUCAUUUCUAUGCGUUGGAAUCUCCAAGUACCGUUUUCAAAUCUAGAGGUCUCUAUGUUGAUUAGUUAAGACAAAAAUAAAUAUGGCCUUCUACAGUUGUAAUUCAGUCUUGGCAAUAGCUCGCACAAGGUUCCCCAGCACUUUAGCCAGGCCUGGCUGCCCUUCUCCUUCCCCAUCACUUGCACUUCUUCACCUGCCAGAUCCUCACUUGAACAGGAUGUAUGGGAAGCACUAUGGAAGCAAGAAGCACCCUUACCCAAGUCAGGCAGGCACGGCAGCACUUCGAGUCCAAACUAGACUCGAGCAAAAGCUACACACAUCAGCUUCCUGGUUACAGCAGGGCUCUGGGGAACCUCUCCCAGAACAAACCCCAGAAAAACCCAAGGCCACAAGCCCUCAGCCCGCAGAAGACACUGGGACGAAGAUUAAAGAAGAAAAGCGAUCUUAUAGACAAAAGAUUGUGGAUGAACUUAAAUAUUAUUACAAUGGAUUCUAUUUACUUUGGAAUGACACCAAAGUUGCCGCCAGAAUGGUUUGGAGGCUGCUGCAUGGACAGGUGCUAACCAGGAGAGAGAGACGAAGGCUGUUGAGAACCUGUGUUGAUUUCUUCCGUUUGGUUCCAUUCAUGAUCUUUAUAAUCGUACCCUUCAUGGAAUUCUUGAUACCAGUGUUUCUGAAACUCUUCCCAAAUAUGCUGCCAUCAACUUUUGAAAGUAAAUCCAAAAAGGAAGAAAAGCAGAGAAAGAAAAUGGCCGCAAAGUUGGAAUUAGCAAAAUUCCUUCAAGAAACAAUUACAGAAAUGGCCAGGAGGAACAGAGCCAAGCUGGGAGAGGCCUCUACACAGCUCUCGUCCUAUGUAAAACAGGUCCAGACAGGCCACAAGCCCAGCACAAAAGAGAUUGUUCGCUUCUCCAAACUCUUCGAGGACCAGCUGGCCCUGGAGCACCUCGAUCGGCCUCAGCUCGUUGCCCUUUGCAAACUGCUAGAAUUGCAAACCUUUGGAACCAACAAUUUGCUUCGCUUUCAGCUCCUGAUGACCCUGAAGUCUAUAAAAGCAGACGAUAGAAUAAUUGCCCAAGAAGGGGUGAAAGAUUUGAGUGUGUCAGAACUGCAAGCUGCCUGCAGAGCCCGAGGCAUGAGGUCACUGGGUCUCACUGAGGAACAACUGCGACAGCAGCUCACAGAGUGGCUGGACCUGCACCUGCAGGAGAAUGUGCCCCCGUCUCUGCUGCUGCUGUCUCGCACCUUCUACUUGAUAGACGUGAAGCCAAAGCCGAUUGAGAUACCGCAGCACGGUGAGGCUCUGAAGACAGACGUUCCUGUGGGAUCACCUUCUUCCCCCGCGUCUAAAGAGAACAUGGUAGAUUCUGCACCUCAGCUGAAGGGAACUAAGGAUGAAGAAUUGAUGCAGCUGCCACCAGUACCAUCAUCAUCACCAAAGUCGCCACCAACAUCUAUGUCAUUACCCAUGGCUUCUUCUAAAGAGGCGGUCCUCCAGGCCAAACCCCAGGAGACAUCCCAGAGCAGCAAGGCGAGUUCAAAAGGAGCCUAGGGACUGCUCGGGUGGAGCAUGCUGCGGUCUCCACCUGUGUUUGGCAGUGGCACCUGUAAAGGAUAUCCAGCCCGUCUGUCUCUGCUUUAGAUAAAGGAUCAGCCACGUAGUCCUGGGGUCAACCCGGAGGCCUUGUAAGGUCCUGGUGAUGUCUGCUGUGACACCACGUUCAGCUUUUCUAGAGAAAUGCCACCAGUUUAUUUCCUGUGGCAUCGUCAUUCCACUAAACCUUAUCAGAGCCUAGCCCACUGCGUCAUCUCUGAACAGCUUCCUCUUUGUGUGCCUCUCUUCAAUCAGGUUCUGGUUAUCACAUGAUGGGACCUGCUCAGCACCCUGAAUACUUCUGUGGCUAGUGGUUGCCACUUGCACCCCCCAAAAGCCAUCUUCUGAGCACAUGACUACCUUUUUCAGAAUGACUGAUCAGUAGGGGCAGUGCCCCGGAAAUAGCACCCUGAGGUGGGAUGGAUAUACUUUCCAGGAAGGUUCUUUCUGGGUAUGAAGGGAAAAGUGGCUUAGAAGAGGAAAUGGGAAAUUAAACAGAUCAGCAGAGAGGCCUGGCUGCUGCGUAGCUGCUCCUGCACUUUCCCCUCUGGGGCCGUGGAGGCUGCAGGAAUCUGAGAGGGGGCCACUGUUCCAGCACACAGGGCUUUCAUUAGCCACCAUUUUGUUAGGAAACAUAAUUAAGGGCUUAAGGCUUAACCAUUUGUUUGUGCUGGAUGUGUUUUUCUGGUCAGCUUGUCUUUCACAAAGACUGUUAGUCAUAGGGUGGUACAGUCUGAUAGAAUCCCUACGCACCCCAGGAACAAGUACCCUAUUCAGGUAUUUCUGCAGUGUUCUCAAUGUGAAGACUGCAACAGCUGGGCAGGCUGCACCCACCUGACUGAGCUUUCUUCCCUUGCUCUGAGAGGUAAAGUAAAACUCAGGACCUGCUCUGCCUGGAACCACCUAGGUGAGAAAUGUCACAAGGACUUCACAGCAAGACCAUUCACUUUAAACACUCAGGCUUCUCCAUGAGGACAAGUCCCAACUGGCUCUUCCAUGGGGACAAAGCCCUACUCUGCAGACACAGCAUUUCAUAGAUCUGCCAUUGGCCAUGCUGGAUGACUCAUGAUAAGAUUUCAGCUUUAAAAUGGGUUAGUCAGUCCUCCUCUCAGCUGUUACAUGAGAGGAAGGGAUUGAGUAGUUAACUGGUCCAAUCCUGUCUUGGCUGAAUGAUCUGCAUGGGCUAUGGAACAGCCUAUAAUUCUGUUUGGCCUCCCCUAGGGGAAUGGUUAGGCCAAGGGGCCCUGGCCACUUUUGUCCCCAGUUGGCCUUCAUCUGUUUUUGCCAACAUCUAGGCACACUGAGACCUCUCUUCCUAUUGUCAUGACAGUAGUUGACCUGAGGAGUCAUGGAUAUUUUUUUGUUCUUGUCACUUUAGGUGCUUGGCUGUUGGGGUUUGUUAGUUCUAACCCCAAUUUGGAACCCAGCUGGUUGUGUUUUGGUAAAUGGUUAAUAAUCAGCUGAGGAAAUAGCUGAUUUAUAGUAUCUGCAGAUCCCAGUUAUGUAAAUACUCCCACUGAGGCUGAUUUCUGGCUACCACCAUGACGAGUACAGAGCUGUGGCCCUUGCAAGCCAGCACCAGCUACCACUGACCCUUCUGGAUCAAGAGACAGCGGAACUUCUGGUCGGUAGCGUGAUCAGAAAACCACAUCUGUGCGCCAAGACCCUCAUCUGGGAGGCAGAGCUGUAAAGAUGCUUCUGAAUACUGUUAAGUGCAACCAAGAAGGAAUGAGCCUUAACAUCUGGCCUUGGCUGGUCCUGCCCCUUCCUGGCUGUCAUCAGCUGAGAGAAUGGGAGGCCAAGCUGGUUUGCUUCAAAGCUUUCUUCUUCCUCACUCCCUACUCUGCCUUCCCUGUACAUGCCUUGGCUCUACCAGCUGUUCAUAACCUCCCUGGCUUUGAUUUUAGGCAUUCUCCAACCCAAACUGCAGUGAUGUUACACUUAGCCUAUCUCUCAUACAGAAAGAAUUCUGGGGUGUGUGAGGGAGACAGACACAGAGAUAGGGAUAGGCUCUACUUGUGCCUUGGAAGUUGUUUUUUUUUUGAGGCAGGGUCUCCUUGCCUAGCCCAGGCUGGCCUUAACUUCCAGCAAUCCUGCCUCAGCCUCCCAAGUGCUAGGAUUACAGGCAUAUGGCACCAUGUCUAGUUCUGUAAUUUAAUCAUUAAAAGUCGUAUGGGUGAGGGAUGGGGCUGUAGUUCAGUGGUAGAACACUUGCCUAGCAUGUGUGAGGCCCUGGUUCAAUCUCCAGUCUGGGGAGGGGUAGUCCAGUAAAGCAGUGCUCUAUAAUGCUAAACCUAAGCUAAAGACUUCCCACUCACCAAUACUGCACUCACAGGUAAGAUCAGGUGGUAUUUCAAAGCAGAUUGAAUUUUAAUACAGAUUUUUUAAAGCUCA